AUGAAUCUCAUGUCAGCGCUCGCGCGUAUUGAACUCGAUGCCCUGAGCGACCCAGACCGCACGUGCGCAGAUGCAGUCGAAGACCUCGAGCAUGUCUCUACACUGCAAGAAGACGGCAUAGGAGGCGCAUUCGACAAGAGCCUGCGGAUCAAGAGCACUGUCGAUGCGCUUGAAGGCCAGGCGCAGGAGCAGCCAAGCUGGAAAAUGCUUGCCGCGGUCAUCAACAGCGAGUACAGGCUGUGGAAGCUGAACGCUGAGACGCCUCUACGACUCAACCCUUUUCUGUCCCAUUGGGUCGAGGCGAUCCAGCGACUACAAGGAGACGCCACCAAGACACAGGCCACGGCACUUGACAUAUCGACCGAGGACAUCUCUGCGACUCGACUCGAGAUGAUCAAGGGCAUGCUGGGGAGCAAUGACCCCAACAUCUUCGCGACUGCGACGCCAAAACAGCUAUACAAUGCACGCCAUCGUACCACGCCUUUCGAUGUACAGCCGUACGUACGCAUGCUGGAGGAAGAAGGCAUCUAUGAGCCCUCGCCCAUGACAGCCCUACCCAAGCCCACACACCACGAGACGAACGACACACCUCGCAAACCGACCUUCCAAGAGUGGAAACACGACCUUUUCCGUCACCGAACCAGCGACCCCGCCGCUGCCUUCGAGGACCUGACACACCUCCCCAUCGCCCUCCCUGCACUCGACUUCCUCACCACGCUCCUCACAGAACACACCCUCGCAGAACACAAUAUCGACUCUGCGCCACUCGUGACGUCGUACAUCCAACACGCACUCCGUCUAGUCGAGCACAUGGGCCACUCACCAGGCCUGAACACCGAACCUCCUCACCAGACAGAGAUAGGCAUCGAGACCGACACCGAAACGCUCGACCACGGUCGCGAAGCGCAGAGCCGCGCUGUGCAACUCUUGUUGCUGUUCAUCAAGAACCUGAUCCGGAAGGGGUUGAUGGGCGUGGAGGUGUUGUACUUUGAGAUUCAGGAGAUAUGUGUCAGAUACAUGUGGAUCAAGGAGGUGAGAGAUUUUCGGUCCUGGAUCGAGGAGGGAAAGCCCAUAGAUGACGGCGAUUGA